CUGGGGGCGCAGUAGACGGAGGUCGGCCGUGGGUAAGAAUGUAUUCAAAUACCUAGACCUCCAUCGUCAAACGGUCAAAGAAUUCGUGAAUAUAUCUGAUACUACACAUUGACGCGCGUACUUCCCCUUUUCCCUUUUCCCUUUUGCUUUCUCCCUUCGACUAUCCCUUCUCCUACCUCCAGCGUUACAUUCCUUUUCAUCCCACAUUCUCAUUCUUGGGUUCGAAAAAGGAACCUUGGGUUGUAUUUUUCUCUCCUCUUGAUAUAUAACAUCAUUAAUAUCACAUUUACCCACUUACUCUCAGCUUGACGCUAGAGGCUAUUCAGAUACCUAAUACAUUCAUUUCAUACCUACGCAAAUAUGAGGUCUUCUAAUAUGAUCCGCCAGCUGGGCCUGGCUUUAUCUUUCUUCUUCGCCUCAUCUCAGGCACAGACAAAGCCACAAGCACAAGAUGCGAGUAACACUCCGUCAAACAAGACCGCGGGUUCGGUCUUCGUCACACCAGAACAGAAUUUGGCAUUCGCUCUUAACGUUCCGGACGAUUCCACCACAGAUUUAUACUUCUCCCUCAUGAUGACUACGUCAACUAGCUGGGGGGCCAUAGGCCUCGGUUCUCACAUGGCUGGUUCACUGAUGCUCGUGGUAUAUCCAUCACAAUCAAGGAAUAGCCUGACCAUAUCGCCGCGAAUAGCAACCGGCCACACGGAGCCCGUCUACUCGCCCGAGAUCGAGAUAGAGGUGAUGGGAGGAACGGGACAUGACAACAGCACAAACACUUUCAUUUUUAAUGGACGAUGCACCAACUGUCGAUCAUGGUCUGGCGGAUCUGGAAAGGUCGACGUCACGAGCAAUAUCCAGAGCAUGAUGUAUGCCACCGGUGAGGACCUUAGUUAUCUCGCUACCGAUGCGCGCGAUGGCCCCUUGAAAAUGCAUUACAACUACGGUACUUUCACAAUGGACAUGGUACAUGCUACCGGGCCGGCAGGUAUUCCGAUAAUCGACAGCUCGAUGAACAGCACACUCGUUGGAACGUCGCAACGUCUUUCUACGGAAGGCAAGAAGGACAUGGUCGCUAUGGCACAUGGGGUUAUCAUGAUACUAGUGUUCGUCGGGUUGUUCCCCUUCGGUACUUUCGUUCUACGCUUCGGAAAUUGGGUCCGUUGGCAUGGUGCCACCCAGGGAUUCGCCUUCCUCCUUACUUUCAUUGCUUCGAUCCUUGGGUUUGUCAUCAGCAAAACUUAUAAUAGGUCCAAGAACUUCAACACAGCACAUCAGGUCAUCGGUUUCUUCGUUUUCUUUUUUCUCUUUGCCCAAUUCGCGUUAGGCUUCAUGCACCACCGUCAAUUCAAGAAGACGAAGGAGCCAACUAAGUUGGCCCCAAUUCACAGAUGGCUAGGUCGUCUUAUCCUCUCCCUAGGGGGCCUUAAUGGAGUCCUUGGCUUUAAACUCGCUGAAUCGGAACAAUACAUCCUCGUUCUCACAGCUCUGACACUCGCCAUAUUACCUACACUAGUUAUUAUCCUUGUUGUGAAGAAGUGCCUUGAAAGGCGGUGGGCAAAGCAGAAGCAAGAGACUGGCUAUGAUAUGGAGCCAUGGCGACGGCCGGAUGUUCAGCAGACCUAUGUUGUCCCCGUAACCACGCGACCACCAAUGCCACCAGGACAGAAUGCAAGUAUACCUGGCAUGAGCUCAUACAUGCCACAUCAAGCACAGAGCACGAGGAAGAAUGACCUUGGGCCGCAACAAUACGUCCGGGAAUAUGUUUAAAAAAGAAAUAAAUGUUGUGUACGAUUGACGAAUAUAGUGUUCUUGGCGUUAUGACUGUUGGUAGUGUAAAAUAGUACUAGAGGUGUCAUGUGUGAUAUAUCAGCCGUACUAAAUCAUUUGGGGAUAGGAGAAGGGAGGGAGAAGGGAGUAAGACAUCCAAUCUAGAAUAGACACUAGAGAAUUCCAUCUUUGAAGAUCGCUUACAGGCUUAUUGCGUGGUAUCCUUAUCUUACUACGCUUGAAGGCUACUAGGUAUUGUCGAGCACUUCAGGGGAGAUAAGCUUGGUCAAUACAUACACAAUAUGAACCUAUCAUUGAAUCUACCCUCGCAAGGCAAG